AGCUCAGCUGCCUAUAUAUACAGAACCAUGAGCUGAACACUCCGUUCAACAGCUGAAGGCUCAUCCACACAGCUGCAGUCAUGAAGGUCCUCGUGGUGCUCGUCCUCGCUGUUUUUAGUGCUAGUUGCAAUGCCAACAUCAUGUGGCAAACCCAGCCCAAGCAGCAGGUCGACAUGGUGAAAGAUGCUUUCUGGGACUACGUUGCCAAGGCAACCGCAACCGCUGAGGACUCCCUGAAGCAGAUCAGACAGUCCGAGCUGGGAAAGGAAGUGAACACCCUCAUCUCUGAGAGCACCGACGCUGUGAACAAGCUCACCGAAGCUCUCCGUACUCAGGUGGCUCCUCUGACCCAGGACCUCAUGUCUAAGUUUACCGAGGAGGCCGAGCAGCUGAAGACCCGUCUGGAGAAGGAUCUGAAAGCUGUGGGAACCAGCCUGCAGCCGUACGCUGAGGAGCUGGUCGCUGACCUCCAGAGGCAGAUGGAUGUUCUGAAGAAGGACGCCACCCCUUACGCUGAGACCAUGGACCCCGAGGCCCUGAGGGGAGUCCUGCUGCAGAAGAGCGAGGAGCUGAGGGUCAAGCUGGACAAGAGCAUGACCGAGCUGCAGGCCCAGAUGGUCCCCUACACUGAGGAGAUAAAGGAGAAGAUCGAGCAGAGCAUGGAUGAGUUUCAGAGGAGCAUGAUCCCCCUGGCUGAGAGCUUCCAGACCCAGCUGACCCAGAAAACCCAGGAGCUCCAGCAGAACCUGGCUCCGUAUGGAGAGGAGCUGAGGUCCAAGUUGGACGCUGAUGCCCGGAUCCUGAAGAAGCAGCUGAAUGCUCUGUGGAAGUCCUUCGCUAAGAUGACCCACUCAGUCAGUCUCAGAGACGUCACAGAUCAGAUCACUGAGGUCAUCAUGAGGGUCUUUGCAGCAAUCCUUGUGCUGGCUGUCCUCUCAGGCUGCCAUGCCAGAAGUGUUCCUCAGACUGACUGGAAGAACCCCUGGGAAGUCACAGUCGACAAAUUCAAUGAUUAUUUCGAGGAUCUGAACACAAAGGCCGACGCAAUGGUGACAGACAUCAAGGGCUCCCAGAUCGGCCGAGAACUGGACACCUUGAUCCAGGACACCAUGGCCGAGCUGGCCGUAUACAGGGAUAACCUGCAGACCAAGGUGGUCCCCUACACUCAGGAGGCUGCAGAGAAUCUGGGCAGAGACCUGCAGAAGCUGUUCGACAAACUGGGUGAUCACAUGAGCGAGGCCAGGGAGCAGGCGGAGAAGUACGCCGUGGAACUGCAGACCAUGAUGGAGCAGAAUGCUGAUGACGUCAAGGUCAGGGUCUCCGCCUACACACGCAAGCUGAAGAAACGCAUGAACAAGGACACACAGGAGAUCAAGAGAAAAGUUUCUGACUUCUUUGAUGAGCUUCAGACCCGCAGCUCGAGCAACAUGGAGGACAUGAAGACACGCUUGGACCCAUACUUUGCUCAGGUGCGUGACAACGCUCAGGCAAAGAUCACCACCCUGAAUGAUCUGCUGAGGUCGCAGACGGAGAACAUGAAGGAGAAGAUUCAGGCCACAGCCGAGGAUAUCAAGGUGCGCUUCGAGAAAACCGCUGAAGACCUGCGCACCACCUUGGAGGAGAAGAUGGAGGAGCUGAAGAACUGGUUUCAGCCUUUAGUCUCUGCUUUUCAGUGAUAAAAUGUAAACUCUGUAAUCAAACAGUGUGUACCAUCUGUUUAUCACCCCCAGUCCCAAAACCACCUCCAGAAACUGUUUUAAAAGAUUGAUAAACAAAAAUACUGAGGGUUUUUUUUUACCAUGUCCACCUCAGUUUAAAUGUCUCAGUGUCACUAAAGGCCCUUCAACAAAAUCAGCUGCUCACAUGUGUGUUGAAAAUCAGUGGUCAUCAAUAAUAUCCUCAUGUACACAUUUGUCUGAAGUCCUUUUGUAUAAAUAAGUUAAAUGAACACACACUCCACUGGCAUUGUUUUUUUUCCCUGCAGACUGAAAAUGUAUGCCAUUACAAUAAUUAUGAAGAUGCUAUAACAAUAUCAUCAUUUUGUUAUUUAGAUGCCAACAUGUCCAUGUGCUCACACAGCGCACAUGACAAGUUUGCUGUGAAAUCUGCUGCCUCCUUCCUGUCAUACAAUGUACUAUGGUAAUUUUUAAGACUGAAACUACUUAAGUGAAUUUGUGUUUCGCUUGGCUGCAUUUUGAGCUCAGUGUAAAGCAAGUUAUUACACAUACAUCUGUACAUAUUGCCCAAGGAUUUGAGCUGACUUCCUGCUCACUUAUUAUGCUCUGUGCACAUGCUACUUUUAAUCAGUAGAUUUUCUGGUUAUGAUCUGAGUUGGGGACAGCAGUGCACAUAACAAAUCAAGGGCACAGUUAUUAAAAAAUGUCAGUAUUUACUGGGAUAUCAUUGAAAUUGAGAUUUUAUUUACACAGACACCUGGGUCAUUACAGAAAUCUACAUUUGUACAUGUGCAUUAGUUUUUCACCUAUUAUAUAUUAUAUAUAUUUUCAUCAUAGAUUUUCUGUCCUAUUUGUUAUGCUUCUUGACUUUACAGUGCUUUAUUUUUAUUUUCUACUGCGCCAAAACACCAGAGCAAAUUCCUUGUGUGUGCAAAUCUACUUGGCUAUAAAGCUGAUUCUGAUUCAUAUGUUUCUGUUCGUCUUAUCAAAGUAAAUGUAAUGUGGCUUAUGUCAGUAAAUCCGCACAAAAUAAAUCUUUGUUUUUGGAUAAAA